UUGUGUGGAUGGUAAAACAUUUUUCAGCAAGUUCGCAAGGCAAACUUGCCACCAAAUGAUAUUUUGCUAUUGGCCACAAAUUUGCUGGAAACUUUCCGAAAAUUGUUAUGCUAUCUAAGCAACUUGUAAUCUUCUAUAUUUUGGGUUUUACUUUCCCCGAAGAAAAGCUUCCUAACUCAGUCCUACUUGGUCUCUCGUUAUGGUUAAUUCGGACCUUUUGCCACCCUUUUUGUUCUUUUGUGAUGAAAAGUAGACAAAAAUGAGAGGAUACACGUUCGUAUUCGUGCUGCUGGCAACAGUAUUAGUAUUAUUGUCCAGUGUUGUGUCGCAACCACCUCCUCCGACUCCGGCCCCAACACCAGCACCAACGCCUGCACCGACACCACGACCUACACCUGGACCAUCGCCUGGACCAACUCCAGCUCCCACACCUGGACCAACACCCGGACCAACACCACCAAGGUGUCUAAGAAAUGGAAGUCGGUGCAGACCUGACGGAAGUUUGGGACCGUGUUGCAACAAUGGAAUUUGCAGAAGACAACGUCGUCGGCGAGAACAUACUUGUCAGCGUCGUUAAUUACAUCACUAAAUACUGCCAAGAAAUGUUAAAUCCCUAACAAAAAUAAUAAACAUUUUUCAAAUUA